AUGGUUGGUCCACUCCGUGGAGUAGCGUUAAUCACAGGCGCCGCCUCAGGUAUCGGCCAAGGCACAGCGAUAGCAUUCGCUCGCGCGGGGUGCAAGAAGAUACUCUUGGGCGAUAUCAACGAAGCUGGAGUACGCGAAGUGGCAGAUCAGGUGCGCCUGGAAUCAUCGGACGUUGAUGUUGAUAUAUCGUACGUCGACGUAUCUGACGAAACAUCGGUGCAAACCUUUGUGGACCGUUGUGUUGCGAGAUUUGGAAGACUGGACUACGGUUGCAAUAUUGCAGGCAUUGUGCCCCCGCGCACUCCGACCAUCGAUGUCGACGUUGACGUUUUCGAUCGUGUGAUUGCGGUCAAUCUAUACGGGACAUUUCUGUGCCAUCGGGCAGAAAUUCGUCAAAUGCUCAAACAAGACCCUCUCGAACAAGGCGGGCAUGGAAGAGGAAGCAUUGUUUCGGUGUCCUCAAUGGCAGGUAUCAAUGCGUCUCCCGGAGUAUCACCAUAUGCAAGCACCAAACAUGCAAUCAUCGGGCUGGUUAAAACCGAUGCUGCAGACUACGGUCAGCAUGGCAUUCGAGUCAAUGCGGUCUGCCCGGGCUUCACAGAUACUAAAGCAUUGCGUGACAUGUCGACAGCUGAACAGCGUACGGCUUUAGCUGGCUCGGUAGCACUGAAGCGCCUCGGGCAAGCCGUAGAUGUCGGUAACGCAAUCGCCUUCUUGUGCUCUGAGGAUGCCAGCUAUGUACACGGAACUGCAUAUGUCGUCGAUGGCGGCGCUUCGAUAUAUCGCCAAGGCUGA